AUGGAGGACCCUGAAAAGGGUUUGUCUACUUGUGGAAUUUCAGAAACAACACUUUCCCAUGAUGAGAUAGUUGGUGGUGAAACCCUAGAUGGGGGUCAGGUUCAGUCUUGUAAUGGGCAGGGUGGGGAGGAUUUGAAGUCUGUUGAGGUAGGUGGUGGGAAUGAGGCUCGGCUUGAUGACUCUAGGGUUGUAGAAUCGGAAGAAGGUAGGAGUGAGAAUGCAGCAGGUGAGUUGGGUAGCUUGGUUUCGGAAAGGGCAGCGAGUGGUGAAACAGUAGUUGAUGGUGAUUCUUGCACAGUUGUCAAUACGGCAUCCGGUGACUUCACUGUGAAGGAUGCUGUCGGGGCUGCAGAUCACAAGGUAACUAGUACUAGCUGUGAUAUUGGUUUAGGAUGUUCAUUUAGAAGUGAUUCUCAGAAAGAUUGGAAUCUGAUUGAUCAUGGGACACGAGAAGAUGGUAAUGAUCUGACAUUAGAAACACUAGAUGAACAGAAAAACAUACAUUUAAAGAGUGGUGAAAAAAUUGUGGAUCAAAGAGGGCUUGCUUGCGACAAAGUUGAAAUUGAGGGAAAGUUGAGUUCAAAUGGGGAACAGCCGAUUGGGAAUGAUGAAGUUAAUGAUAACUCCAAUAAUGUACAGGAAGUUGUCUGUGGAACUAAAGCUGAAAUUGACGAGACCCUUUUGAACUCUGAUGAAAAACACAGCUCUAUCCUUAAAAAGUGCAAUACAAAAGAGAAAAUAGUAGCUGAAAAUGAUGUCGGUAGUGUUUCUGAUGCAGAACAAUCUGAUGCAUGUAAGGAGAUGCAAGUAGAUGUCGACGAUCUACAAGGAACAGAAACAAGUAAAACAAUGAACCACACUGUAGAUAUUAAAGGUACGCCGGUGUCUCUUGGGAGUGAGAAAAACUUAGAUGCUAAUGCAAUUGUUGAGAAAGACACUCAAAUUACUGACCAAGGGAGUCAUAUGACAUUGCGUGGUAGAAAGGAAAAAAUUGACAUUGAGUUAAAUACGAGGCAAAACGUUGAAGAGAGAGAAAGCGUAUCUGACCAGGUUGGUUCAAAUGGAAAAAACGUAAAACAUGCACUCGUGAAGCCUGGUAGUUCAGAAAUAGUUCAUCAGGCACAGUAUUCGCUGCCAAUAGAAAAACAAGAAGGCGAGUUUUCUCUCUCUGAUAUGGUUUGGGGCAAAGUGAGAAGCCAUCCGUGGUGGCCUGGACAGAUAUUUGAUCCCUCAGACGCAUCUGAGAGGGCAAUGAAAUAUUAUAAAAAAGAUUGCUACUUCGUCGCAUAUUUUGGUGACAGAACAUUUGCAUGGAAUGAAGCAUCUCAGCUAAAGCAUUUUAGGGCACAUUUCUCCACAAUUGAAAAGCAGAGGAGCAGUUCAGAAUCAUUCCAGAAUGCUAUAGGUUGUGCUUUGGAUGAAGUCUCAAGACGAGUAGAAUAUGGGCUAGCAUGUUCUUGCACACCUAAAGACACCUAUGAAAUGAUUAAAAGCCAGGCCGUAGAGAACACUGGGAUUCGACGAGAAAUAAGCUUCAAACAUGUGAUAGAUGAAUCUCUGAAUGCUAACUCAUUUUCACCUACAAAACUUAUAGAAUAUGUGAAAACACUUUCUGAGUUGCCUACUGGUGGCUUUGAUCGCUUGGAGCUUGUGACUGCUAAGGCUCAGCUGCUUGCUUUUAAUCGUUUUAAGGGUUUCUCUUGCUUGGCAGAAAUACAACAUUGUGGAGUCGCUAACAAGGACAAUUCAUUUGUUGACGAUGAACAAGAUUUGUGUGAAGUUAAUGAGCAUACAACUCCUGCAUUUAAUAAAGAUGAUCAAGCUGGUCCUGGAAAUUUUAAAAAUCCUAGCAGCACCCGUCAAAAGCGUAAGUAUAAUUUCAAGAAUGCUAUGCAUCCCACAAAGAAGGAAAGAAAGAUGUCAGACCUAAUGAACGGGACUCCAGAUUCUUCCGACGAUGAUUCUUGGACUCCAGAUAGUGUUGUUUCACCUGAACCUUCCAAGAAAAGGAGAUCUGUUGUUCCCAAUGCCGAUGACUCUGAAAUGCAAGAUGGGACAAAGGCCAUUUCCGUUGGAAAAGGCUCAAAUACCACAAAAUCUUCGUUUAACAUUGGUGACUGUAUUCGUAGGGCUGCUAGUCAACUCACUGCGUCAUCUUCUAUAUUGAAGUGUUCUAGUGACCAGUCUCCAAAGACAGACGGAGACAUUGAUGGUUUUCCCGAGAAUGAAACUGUUGAGGAUGAUCAGAUCACAAGUGAAUAUUCUUCUCUAAAUGAUUUGCUAUCUUCACUUCAGUGGGUGGCACAAGAACCCCUUGCAGAAUAUACUUUUCUUAAUGGCAUAGUGAGCUUCUUCUCUGAUUUCAGGAAUUCUGUAACUGUUGCUGCUGAUUGGAAAGAGAUUUUACGUAUGGAUAAAAUUGGUGGUUUUAAGAGGAAGAGACCACCCAUAGCUGGAACUGGAUCACCUGAGACAUUUGAAUUUGAAGACAUGAGCGACACAUAUUGGACUGACAGGGUCGUUGACAAUGGCAAUGAAGAGAAACUAGUUCAACAACCAUCACAGAAAAACCAGAAAAAAGACGAACAACCUGUCACCGCCAAAUCACCAAAGCCAGCUGCUGCCAAGUCACCAAAGCCAGCUCAAGUUCGUAGACCCUAUAACAAGAAAAAAGUUACCGACAUUAACCAUGCCGAGACUACUACCGAAAAGCCUCCAGGUUAUAUAGAUGAAAAUGCUCCUGCUGAGCUUGUUAUGAAUUUUGCUGAAUUUAAUUCUGUUCCCUCAGAAACAAACCUCAACAAAAUGUUUAAGCGAUUUGGACCGCUAAAGGAAUCUGAAACAGAAGUUGAUAGAGUAACCAGCCGGGCAAGAGUGGUCUUUAAAAAGUGCGUGGAUGCAGAGGUAGCUUUCAGUAGUGCUAAAAAGUUCAACAUAUUUGGAUCAGUACUUGUAAAUUACCAGCUUAAUUACGCCCCGAGUGCAUUGUUCAAAGCUUCAUCUGUUGACGCAACUCAAGACCAGGAAAUGCUUCUCGAUCUCUCCAGUUUUGACGUUAAUAUGGUCUAA